CGCCCUUACUCGAGGACCCUGGUGCCCUCUGGACCACACGAGGGGUGCCCUGAGGACCCACGGGGCCUCCCUGGGGCAGUCGGGGCCGCCCCGGGCCAGAGGCCAGCUCUGGCAGCACCAGACCGCCGCCAAGGGCCACGGAGAGCGCAGUCUACAGUGGCAGCGCGUCGCCCUGUCUCGCGGGACGGACGGGAGCCGGGCAGAGCUCGGGACGCUGACGCCUGGGGACCGGGACGUGCCGAGCGGGUCGCGCAGAGGCGGCAACAGCUCCACGACGCGACGAGGCCGCGCCUGUGAGCGGCCGGUCGAGGCCAUCCGGGUGCGGCAGAGAGGGUGGGGCCCAAGGCUCCAUUCCAGGAGGAGAAGAGGCAAAGUCGAGUCGAGUCGGAGCGUCAGCAGUCUCGGUGCGCUCAGCAAGCUAUAGGAGCCGGGCUUCCCUCUGGGCGGCCGCCAGCUGCUGGCGUCGUGUCGCUCGGGAGCCCGAGGAAUGCACGAUGGACCCAGAGGCCAUAAGAACCUACCGGGCGGGGAAGAGGAGAAGGAGGAGGAGGAGGAAGAGGAGAGCAGGCAUGAGCGAGGCAGCGCGAGGAAAAAGCGUGCGGGCCGCUAGUCGGCUGCGCAUUCAGAGGCGAAGCCCCUCACUAUUGAUAUAACGAUUCAGUGCGCCAGUCGCUCCAAGCGCGGAUAUCGAACCACGCGAGCGCACGACGGAUAAACACUUGCGCUGGGAGUCGAAAGAGGAUACGCACGAUGAUGGACAGGAGGAGGAGAAGGAGGAGGAGGUGGGACUGGCCACGAGAGGCCGGCGACGAGGGCGGGUGGGUGGCGGGCUGGCGUGGACAGGAGCGCGCGGCGCCGCACCGCACUUACGGCGGCAGCAGCGGCUCGCCCAGCGGCCCGCCCGCCCCCCAGCGCCGGGCCACGGCCGGCGACCUCGCGCCGGGCAGCGGCCGGACCAGGGUCCAGGCC